AUGGACCCCGUGUCGGAGGGGGAGGGGACAGGGUGGGGAGGGAGGCGGCGAGGACAGGGUUUAUUUUUCAUCCCGGCUUCUUCCUUCGUGCCGCAUCUUCGGGCGGCCGCGGCGAGGAGCUCGGGGCCGGCCGGCCUUCCCAGCCCGGUUCCCGCUCCGGUCCCGGUCCGAGCCUGCGGCGGCGGCGCACACCUGCCCGCGGCACUGCCCCUUCCCAGCCGCCUUGCUGCCUUCCCGACGCACCGCCGAGGAUCCGCGGCCGGGGUCGGCCGAGCCCCAGCGCUUGCGGAGGACCCGCGGCCCAGCCAGGCGCCUCCUGCGAAGCCCGCGCUGUCCGCUGGGCCGGCAGGAAGAGACGGGCGCCGUGGGCGCUUUUUUCGCCGAGAAUGUGCUGGCCUGACGCCGUUCGCGCCCCCCCGAGUCGCCCCGAAUGCGGAAUCUUGGGCAGGGGGGUGCGGUAGGAAGGCGCUAAGAUGGCGCUGGGCCUGGCCCGCCGCCAGGGCUGGUGGCGCAGUUGCUCGGCUGGCGCCAUCUUCCUUGCGGCGCGGGCGGCGCCCUCGGUGGACGCCUCGCCGGCCGUGGCGCCGCGGGACCUGGGGCGAGGGGUAG